GCAAUUCGCGGGAAGCGGUUUCAACCAAGCUACGGAGUGUUUACAAAACAAAGUCACUACUUAGCUGAGCCAAAGUGGGUCCAAAUGAGUGCCAAAAAGCGCAAAGGAGCUAAAGUGCUCCCUGUGCCACAACAAAAGAGUCAGAAAGGUUCAUCUAAUGAUCAUAUGGAUUCUCCCAACCUGUCUGCAAUAGACAUAGCUAGCUUCCUGGAUGGACUACAGAAAGAUUCUGGUAACCCUCUGCACAGUACCGCCGUGGAGGAAGACUUAAAUGUUGCACAGGAGGGAGAGAUGAAAAGGGGAAAAGCUGGGAAAAAGGAAGUUCCUCAGACGUUGAAAAGUAAUGUUAAACAGCGCGGAGCUGUCAUGAAGAGGAAGGAGACAGAGAGAGAUGGAGAGGAUGAGGAGGACGGGGAGAAGAAAAAGAGGAGUAGGAAAAGUACUGGAGGAACGUCUGCAGUGAGGCCAGUGAAAAAUCAGCAGGUGAAGAAAGGCAAGAAGAAGAAGAAGAGUGAAUCAGGAAGUGGAAGUGCCAGUGACCCAGAGUCAAAGGAGGACUCUGACGCUGGCACUGCCCAGCAGAUACGUAAGAAAGUCCUGUCCUCCUGUGAGGAGGAAGAGGUAGAUGAGGACAGGAGUUGGCGCCCAAGUCCAAAUAAGGCCAGGGUGUAUAGUCUUGGCACAACUAAAAAGUCUUCAUCUGAUAAGUCUAAAUCUAGAAAGUCUUCAUCAGGCAGUGCGUCUGGAGAAAUUGAGAAGGCCAACACUGAUGAGGAGAGACAGAAGAGACGUCGUCAUCAGGGAGGAACAGAGUUAGAUGUGGUGCUGGAUGCCUUCCUUGACUUCUGUGACCAGUACAGGGAGUCCGUGGAGUCUGCAGCAGUCAAACACUCCAUUGAUUCUUUCUCCUCCACUGUGAAAGAGGAACUAUUGACAAAGAUCUCUUCUUUCAAGGAGUUUAAGGUUUUAAAAAGAGAAAAUGCCAAGGUGGGUUCUUUGAUCCGUACAAAGACACAGAAACUGUUGAAUGCCAAACAAGAACUAAUGAGGGCCGAGAGGCAGGUGUGGCUGCUGCAAAAAGAGAAAGCUGAACUUAAAACCCGAUUAGCUGAUCUGAGACGAGGCCAAGCCUUCCUGAAUGACAUCAGAGAGCUCAACAGACAAUACCUGGACUACCGACACAAACACCCCAAAGCAAAAGAGAAGUAUGGAGCGUCCAGCUUGCCGGCUCUGUUGUUGGAGACCAAGCAUAUUCAGGCAGCGAAGCAUCAGCUGGGAGGAACCAAUAACCGACUGACGAAGAAUAAGACUCAGAAAUAACUUGCUGUGUCAUACAAACACGCAAUCCACACAAUAAAGACUUAAGAUAUUAUGAGCAAUACUAAGGCUGCUGGAACCUUUAAAGCCUUAAAGGAAUACUUCUUUUUUUUUUUUUUUUUUUUUAAGUUGGGUCAUAUGAGUUACUUAUCCAUGGUCAAUGUAUUACCUACUGUAGAUGGCAGUCAACACGCCUUCCGUUUGGAGAAGCAGGCAGGACUACCGACACAGAAACUCAGCAAUGUACUGCUGUCACUGGAGUAGCAAUAAAACAUACUGUAGCCAUCCAAAAAGGUCCCACCUAAAACAGUCAGUAUCGGUUUAAGUGCAUUUAGAGUAUUUUCACUGCUUUACCUUUCCGCCAGACAGCAAUUUCCAACGGGGAACUAAAGCAGUUACAUUGCUUUGAUUUAAAAAAAAAAAAAAAAUAGUGAUUUAACAUCGCUGAACACAGGAACUGCUGGUCAGAGUUUGUUUUCUUGUUAUUGUGUGACAUUGGUGAAUCUGAACUGACCCUAUACACCAAAGUCACACAAUAACACAAACUAACUAAAGGCCCAGGCACACCAAACCAACAGGGGGCGACGAGGGGUAAUGGUGUGAGACACACAGCUGCGACAAAGUCGGCAGACGCUCACCAAUGGCCCAACUUUGACCAACGGUUGACCAUUGGCUUGGAGUGUCAGGGUCUUAACUGAUCAACACAGUGGUAGACCACCAGCUCCUGUGUUCGGUGAACCAAAAUUACUGCUUAUGUCAUUGGAGUUUGGGGCUAGAUGUGGAGCUGUUGACAACUUCCCCGUUGGAAUGGGUUGUCUGAAAGGUAAAACAGUUGUAAUACUCUCAAUAUAGCUUACACCUAAACUGAUAUUUAUUGUAUAAGGUGGGAUUUUUUGGAGGGUGGCUAAAAUAUGUUUUGCUGCUGAUCCCAUCCACAGUAGUGUAUUGCUGAGCUUCUGUGUCAGCACUCAAGCCCUUUCCCCAAACUGUGGGUGUGUCAAUAGACAUUUCCUGUAAGUAAUACACUGACUAUGGCUAAAUACCUGAUACAACCCCUCUUUAAAAAAAAACUGAACUAUCCCUUUAAUACUCAGACCAGCUUGAAUUUUUUUGGAUCAUAGGUUUGGAUUUAGAGUCACUGCUAGAUAAAAUCAAUACUGUAAGUAUUAUAAAUACAAAUGCAAAUAAUAAUAGUAAAAAUAAUGAUAAUAGGAGGAUUUUUUUUCCUGUGUUUUUCUUACAGAAGAAUAUAAAAUUUAAUUAGGGGGUGUAAUUGAAUAUUUGUAGUCAAACUGGUUUCAUUUGUAUGAGUAAUUUUCUCUGACAGAUGCAUUAA